UGCUGCAUCGCAAAAUCGGUUCAUUUUUUAAAUACAUCUCACAGUAUUCUUCAGUAAUUAAAAUGCCUGUUUCUGUAAAAAUGUUCUUGCGCCUGUAAAAAUGUUUUUCUCUUAUUAUACCCAAUUAACUUUAAGUGUAUUAAGAGCGAUAAUUUUUAAAUAACGAUAGUUUGUUUUAACUAACUCUUUCCAUAAUGAAUAAAGCGCUCCUGGAUGAUAUCGAUGAUCUGGACUAUGAACCAGAUGGCGUUGAAAAACCACUGGAGGAAGUGCCGACUCCUGAUCAAAAUGGACGAGACUUGAUUUUGGAAUCGUAUCAUAACUCUGAAACGCAGAAUUUUAACUUUCAGCCAUUAGUUUUUCCAAAAUCAGCCUCAAGUAUUCAAAGUUUUCGAGAUUUUGAUUAUAAGCAUCUAGACGUCGAUAUAGAUCAAAAUUCGUUUCGAACUCAUUAUAAUUCAUAUGUGUCCAAUUCAGAAAGGUCAUACCAUUUGGACUCUAGCGAUGAUGAGGAAAGUACUGUUCCAUUUAGUAAUUCCUCGUUUCAAGUAUCUGGUAAGUCUACUAUCAAUGUUAUACAAUGGCUUCAUUUCAAAACAAGCCACCCUAAAUUGAAGAAAUGCACAGUUUUGAAAAAGACAUCAAUUUAGAUAUUUUACAGAGUGUCUCUGAAAUAAGACCCUUACCAGAAAAUAAAACGAUCGCUAGCGGUGCUUUUAAGCGGUGCAGCGCGUUCAGUGGUUUUUCUUUGGUUUUACUGAAGAGGAACUAUAACAGACGCCGGUUGCGUUGUUUUAAUGAUAGGAAUGAAUGAAGUGGCAACAUAUUUUCAAAGCUACUGGGUCAGCCAUAAAUUAUGACCGAAUGACUUUUGCUCCUUUAUAUAUGCAACGGCUGACAAAACCAUUUAAAUUAGUUUUUGGAAGAAAACGAUCUUAAUUUAAGAACAUUUGUGCCAGCAACAACAUGAAGUAGGCUUGGGUAAUACUGUGUCUUAAGACACUUGUGCCGCUGUGUGUCUAUCUGCCGCGACGCGAUGCUUUGAACAACACUUCGGCCCACUCACACGGCAAUCUACAGGGUACAAUAUGCAGGGCCCAAUCUGUUAGAGUUGAGCAAGAAAUGACUACCUUUAAUGUUUUCACAGUGAUUAAUAAAUCGUUAAGGGCAAGUAGAAAUAAACAGUGAUUUAAAAUGUAAUGGUUCCAAACUUGAUAUUAAAGAUCGACUUAAAUUUUCAAUGCUAACGCUACUAUUGCGAAUUGCGUGUGGUGAUCAUAUGUUGCACAUGUGGCCCGGCGAAAGAAUGAACUCAAAUAAAAUUCUUUUGUUCGCUAAUGAAAGAUUGAUAUUUUUAAGACCCUAUUUCAGAAUGCACCAUUCGUUAGCCCAAUUCUGAUUGUGUAUUUUUUAAAU